CUCUCGACUUCGGAGACUCAAAGUCCGUUUCUAUCGUAAGGGAAGUUGCCGCGGAACGUGCUGAUCGUCAGCGUUUCUCUUAGCGGUUUAUAACUUCCAUCCUCCGCGAGUUCUUGUUUUGAUUUUUUUUUUUUUUUUAAUUUCGUCUCCUCUUCUUUCUUUCUUUUUUUCCCCUUCGUCGCGAUUUGUUCGCGAGUGAAACGUGCGCACGAUUUUGGGAUUUCGGUACAUUAUCAGUGACGAAAGAGAAAGAAAGAAAGAGAAAUUACUCGUGUUUACCAGUGUGCACUGUGCCAUGGGGAUCUAAGAAUACCGGUCAGGAAACGAGACGCAUGACAGACGACACCAGGUGGGCGUUAUCAGGUGAGGGUUUAGCAGCUUUCGGCGACGCGAUCGAGAGAUGUCGAAUGCCGCCGGCACGGAUAAUCCGGCAUUCGCCAACGAAGACGAGUGCGUUAGCGGUUCCAAGUUGGAGAACGGCGGUCAGCAGCAAGCGGCCUCGAACCAGGAUCGCAAGUCCUCAGCGGACAGUGCGCCGGUAGAAAAUGGCCACCAACAAUCCUUCAUCUCCCAGCACUACGUCGAACCCAUUAAGCCGAGCUCGGAGCCAUGUUAUAAAACGGAAACGAGAAUUGAGGUGCCGGCCGAUAACACGGAGAAGACCGUGCCGGAACCGAAGCUCAAUGGCGUCCACGGGAAUGGCAAUAAUAAUGACGCGAGUUUCCUUAACAAUAGUGCUACGAGCGUACAAAUCAACGACUCCGGAAAGAAGGAGCAGAUCGAGGCCGUAAAUCUGGAACUGGUCUCGAUGAGGCCAUACACGGGCAACAAUAUUCAGACAAAGGGUCAGGAAGCCUGCGAAGUACCAGCUGAUCCUUAUGAGGAGUACUUCGUGCCGGUUAACGAGCAUCGAAAGUACAUCAGCAGGGGUCCCGAGGCCGAGGUUGAAACAACCGUAGCUGGAGUGCGUUUUGAUUUGGGCCCCGGUGUCGGCCGCGAGGGACUCAGCCUGAGAGAUCCCGCCGCCGGAUUGGUCGACUAUUCCCACUGGCUGACAGCCCUCAGGGGCGAGAAACUUUACGUUACGAAGGACAAAAGGUCUAGAAAUUCAUACUGGAGAAGAAUGGCCUGGGGAUGCGCGCUGUUGGUUAUAGUAAUUGCUGUAAUCAUCGCCAUUUUGGCCGCAACUGGUGUAUUUCCAAUACCGGCUACAGAACCCUUAGAGAACGUGGAAGCAAAUAACACACGCCAAUUUAACGAAGUGCAGACGGCUGGAAGUCGAGAAUAUGUGAAGGAUCCGCCAUUAAGUCCACCACCUUUAACUUCGACUUUUCCACCGUGGCCUACAACUGACGAAACGUUAUUCGAUAUUGUACCAGAUGCUCUGGAUGGAACUUUGAGACUAGAUGAUUUUAACUGGAAUGACGAUUUUAGUGACAUCAAAUCUCGAGUAUACAGACAAGUAAGCUCCGAGAUAGAGGAGCAUCUAGGGAACAUUCUUCGACAAGCGGGCAGCACGUCUAUAAUCACAGUAUACGACAUCAAUAAGGAAGGAGAAAUAAGAUUCAGAAUAAGUCAUCCACCUCGGAAUGCACCUGAAGAGAGUCAGGAAUACAUCGAAGAUGUAUUACGAAAAAAUGGUAAUAUGAUCGGAGAAUAUCACUUGAACAGACUUCAUGUAGGAAAACUUAUCGAUCAAUGUGAAUAUGGCAAUCUCGAGUGCACCGGAAACUGUAAAUACGAUUAUCCUUCUGGCAUAUUUGUAUGUACCUGCAAAUUAGGAGAAAUAUUGCAUCAUGAUGGCAAAACUUGUGUGGAUGAUAGCGAUUUGAGUAAUGUCGAAAUGGAUGAUGUAAUGCCACAAUCUACCACGGAACCAAUUGAUGAUUUUCAAGGUAGAAGCAGAGAUCCAGGCGCAAUAAACUUUGAACCUAGACAUCCCAAUACUUGGAAAAAUACGGACUUCAAAACAGGUUCGACAGAAACAGACACAUCAACGGCGAAAUCUAAAACAAAAUAUGUUAAUCCUGAGCAAUCUGACAUAUCAAUAGAACAGCAGACCGAAUUUACACCAACGACGAAACAUUCAGUUUUCGAGAAUGAUGAUUCUCAUUGGAAUCAUGAAUAUGUACAUCAUUCGAAGGAAACCACCAUCGAAGCAGGGCCUCCCAUCAAAGUCUCCCAAGAGUCUUCUGCUAAACUAGAACCUACCUCUGAACCAGAACCUACAAUUGAACCAGAAUUCAGUGCUGAACCAGAACCUAAUGCUGAGCCAGAACCCAAUGCUGAACCAGAACCCAGUGCUGAGCCAGAACCCAGUGCUGAACCAGAACCCAGUGCUGAGCCAGAACCCAGUGCUGAGCCAGAACCCACUGCUGAGCCAGAACCCAGUGCUGAGCCAGAACCCACUGCUGAGCCAGAACCCAGUGCUGAGCCAGAACCCACUGCUGAGCCAGAACCCAGUGCUGAGCCAGAACCCACUGCUGAGCCAGAACCCAGUGCUGAGCCAGAACCCACUGCUGAGCCAGAACCCAGUGCUGAGCCAGAACCCACUGCUGAGCCAGAACCCAGUGCUGAGCCAGAACCCACUGCUGAGCCAGAACCCAGUGCUGAGCCAGAACCCACUGCUGAGCCAGAACCCACUGCUGAGCCAGAACCCACUGCUGAGCCAGAACCCAGUGCUGAGCCAGAACCCACUGCUGAGCCAGAGCCUACUAUUUCACCAGAAAUUACUGUUACACCAGAACUCACCGUUAAACCAGAACCAGAGCCUACACCUAUAUUAUCCGCUGCUGUACCAAAUCCUGCUUCUGAAUUAGAGCCUACUGCAAAACCAGAAAUUGCUCCUGAAAUCGAAUUUACUAUUGAAGCAGAAUCAAUUACUGAAAGAGAAUCUACUGCAAAAUUAAUACCUGUUACAGAAUCAGCAACAACUAUUAAUGAAACAGAUAGUGAGGUAAAAUCAAAAACGGAAUCGCAACAUUUAACAACAGAACCGUAUUUGAAAUCAAAAACUGACAUAUCUGAUCAACCUGAAUUUUCUGUUAAACCGAUAUCUCAUGAUGAUACUUCUGAAUCAUCUACACAGACAUCACCUUCGGACGAUGCUGGUACAACUAAUGUAUUCAAAUCUCUUAUUGAAUUAACAGAUAAAAACGAUUAUUCCAAAAACAAUGAAACUCCUAUCACAACUGUAAAGUCUAAUGAAAAUCCAACAGACAAUGAUACACCUUUACAGAUAAUACCUUUAACAUCUAAAGAUAUCAAUGAUAAUGUAAAUACUAAAACAACAACAAUACAAUCUUAUGGUAAGAAUGAAAUUACUGAAAGUACAAUUAUCGAGGCCGGUCUUACUACCUUAGAUUAUAGAGAUUUAAAACAAAAUGGUGAUGUAAAUGUUAUAGCAACCAAAUCUGAGAAUCAUGCGGAAUCAGUCACAGAACAAUUUACACAAAAUCCUAAUCUUCAAGAAGAUAAAGAAAAUGACUCUACUACAAAAACAAAUUUUGAUACGAAUUUAAGUAAUAUCCAAAAUGAUAGUUCUGCGGCUAGUGGACACGAUUUAAUAACAAAGCAAAAAUCAGACAUUGAUUUAAAUGUUUUUGAACAGGUUAGUUUAACUACUGCAGCAACUACUGUGCCAGUCACAUCAGUAGAAGAAAAGACAGAAUCGACUACUAAAUUCAUCAAUAACGAUAGGCAUUCAUCGACAGGACAUAUCCAUACAAUAGAAAUAAAUGGCGUAAAUAAUAGGAACCCAGAAACAAAUAAUUAUACUAAAGUACACGAGACAACUACGAUACCAGAAACUACUCCAAUUAACAUAUUUACUCAGCCAAUACUUGGAUAUCGGGAAGAACUUGUACCCGAGCCCGCAUUGCAACCAAAUACACCAGAUUCAAACGAGAAAAAUGUCAUUGAACAUAUGCCGACAACGAUCUUCCCUAAAGUACCGGAAAAUUUUGCUCACAAUGUCGAGCCACUCAGGGAACCUAUCAUGAAAUCGGCGGAUGACGAACAUAUCAUGUUGAUACCAAAAUCCGAGCAACCAGUAGAGAUACACGCGAUAAUUCCAGAACUCAUUCCAGAACAAGCCACAAAUAAAUCUCUAAAAGCAGAAAAUUCGACAACAAAAGAGAACAAAUCUGUAGAAGGUACAAUCUCUAUCGAUUCAUCUACAAUACAUACUAAUGAGAAUAUCGUUCUUGCGAGCAAUAAUAAACAUGCGGUACGCCCUGAUGAAAUUCAAGAACAUUUAACGAGUCACCCUCUUCACCCGGCAGUAUUUCCAGAAAAUUCGGUAGAUCAUUUUACAGGGAAGUCAGACGAUCGACCGGCUGAGGAUAUGUCACCAUUCUUACCGGACGUUCAUAAAGAAAAGGAAAGUCUAAAGAAGCCACGCUUAGAUAAGGACGAGCAAGAUGGUCCUAAUCCCUUUGAAACUCAUAUCGAUGAUGUUAUAACGCAUCGGCCAUUAACACGUAAUAAUGCAGACAGAGUAAAUGAAACUGAAACCAAAGAUUUAUUAAUUGACGUUAAUUCCAAGAAUAACGAAGAGAAGGUAGAUAUCAUAAAGAAAAUCACACAGAAUCAUGAAAUAAAUACGACAAAUGAUGUAGACAACAGCACAAAUACUAACAAUACGGAAUCUAAGAUUCUGAACGCAUUACAUCAAACUAAUACAGCGAAAUCAGUCGACAAUGAUGGAACAAAAGGCAUUACAGAUCAAGAAAAUGGCGGUUUCUCCGAAGACAAAGAAUUGAAAGUGAUCCCAUUGGCAGUAGAAAAUAAAUCAGUAGAUUCAAUUUCUCAAACUACACUGCAACCUAUAGAUAAGAAAACGGAACCUGAAGUUGUAACUUCCGCUGGAAAGAAAGUACAAGAAAUUGAAGGUAUCACGAUAGAAAGCGGUGUAACAAGUUCAGAGAAACCAGAAGAAAACGCUGUCGAAGAUCAUUACAAUGACAUUACGGAUGAGGCUUUGUCAAAAGGAUAUCAGCACGAUAAUACCGGCAUUCCAAUUAAAGUUAUAGAAUCAUCCAAAAAAGCAGUUUUAAAAAAUAUUGACCCUAUAAAAAUUUCUUAUGAUCCUUAUUCGUCGAUAACUACGUUCGAUGUCAUAAAGAAAAAAAACGGAACGAAUGAAAAGAUAUCUUCUGAUACGACACAAAGUUCGAUGGUUACGAAAACCGAUGAAGCUGUAAACAAUCAAAUGGAAGAUGGUAGAUUGACUACACAAGAACCUGUGUUGCCUAUAGAAAUUCAACAGGAAAUGUCCACGACAACCGACAAAGUUGAAAUCACGACUGUAAUCAAUAAUGGAAAACAUGAAGAGAACAAUACGGAAUCACCGAAUGUUGGUCAAUCCGACGAGAAAGAAACUGUUACAACACAAAUAACAACAACUCAAGCCACACUGGAAACUAAGACUACAGCUCAGAUCCCAAUCUUGCCUGAGGAGCUGCAAACGACAGAAAGUGAUAUAUUAUCAACAACAUUGAGUGAAGAGGUACCGAGUGUAGACAAGAAAACGGAAACUGCUGAUAAAACAGUUUCAACGGAUGAUGCUAACAAUGCAACGAAAAAAAAUGAAGCAGAGAAGGAGAGUGCUGUUACACCCAGCAACGUAAUGGAUACAUCGGAAAGAAGCAUGGCAGCGACAACAGUGUACGAGAGUAACGUCAGCUUAGGAACUGGCCGGAAAAUAGAAUAUGAUAAAAAUGGGCAGAUAAUUGAAAGUGCGACGGAAAGCAUAAAAAUUGAGACUACUCCUAUGAUAUCCACGAUAGAAAAAGAUAUUGCAGAUGGCGUAGAAGGAACCUCACCUAUGCCUAACGAUAUCACCACCACGGAAGAUGUCAGACCGGUCACGGAAAUGUUGGACGACACGGAACCCAUGAUAGAUUAUAGAAUAUUGUUCACCACGGUUCCGCCAAGACCGAUAUUGCUUGAUCCGGAACUGUCUGAAGAGGCGCUCAGAGUAAUACCGCUGGAAAAGAGUCAGGAAAGCAAGAAAAAACCGAUCGACAAAAAGGGAUUCGACAAACACAAAUACAAAAAAGAAAAAGACUUGAGUCUGGAGGAUCAGAAUGAAGAUAACGUUUUGACAGAAAGAUUCGAUCAAACCAUACUUUCCCAAACGGAACCAUCGACGAUUACGACUGCAGACCGUGAGGAACUGCAUGACAGUGUGGUAAGCUCGGAUAUAUACCCAAAUGUACCCAGGUUCACCGUGGCUGACAAGGAAGGCAACAUCGUGCCCAUAUCAAAAUGGAAAGAUACAGCUGCUAGAACCGAAAAUAAAGAUGUGAUCGCAGAGACGAAGCCCAAAAAUUAUCCUAGCUUUAUACCUGUGUCGGAAGAGAUAAUAGAGUCGGUACCAGUCACGGAGCCCUACGUAAUCAUGCGAAAUUAUACUCGUCCCAUGAUCAUAAUAAACGAUGCGGAAAAAACGGCAGCAAAUGAGACGACAGUCGAAGGUCAAACUAAUGUAAGAGCAAACGAAACGACUGGACAAAACGCCACCUUUUUUUCAGAUCAAGUAUUCAGCGACCACGAAGAAGCGAAAGUAGAUCACGUUACGGAAGAGUCGACUACACAAACUUCAACGUUGAAGGUGGAGAGCGAAAAUACCACAGCUAGUAGUCCUUCGGAAUUUCCAUUUCCUGGAAGCCUCGUGAAAUGCUCCACAAGUCAAUUUCAAUGCGUUAAUGGAACGUCUAGGAACGGUGCGUAUUGCGUCCCACAGUCUGCCAAAUGCGACUCCGAAAAUGAUUGUUCCGACGGCUCGGAUGAGUGGAACUGCACAGCAGAAGGUUGUUCGAGUAACUUCCGCUGCGCUAAUGGACAUUGUCUGAAGAGGCACCUUGUUUGCAACAAAAUAGUAGAUUGUGAUGAUGGCAGCGAUGAGCAUAACUGCGAGAACUGGCAGUGUCAGUCUGAUGAAUUUAGAUGCCCAAACGGAAGAUGCAUUCCGGGAUUAUGGCAGUGCGAUGGUCGGCCCGAUUGCGAAGGACAUCAGGACGAGUACAAUUGCGCGGAAACUUGCGGAAACAAUGAGUAUCUGUGCCCAACGGAAAAGUGGUGCAUCCCACAAGUGUGGCAUUGCAACGGAGUUGCCGAUUGCGUUAAUGGGGAAGACGAAAAGUUAUGCGACUGCGCCCUAGAUCAAUUCAAAUGUCAAACCGGUGGAUGCAUCCCCCGGAACCAAAUCUGUGACGGCAUCGAGAAUUGUCCGGAUUAUUCGGAUGAAUGGAGUUGCCUAAUCACCAAUAUUACUACAGAUCGAAAUCUCACUAAUGCGGAAACGGAUAGCAACACGGCGAGCGAAGCGAAUCGCGUGCCAUUUUUGAAGAUAAGACAAUAUAACGGCGACUAUCAACUAGUCUGCUCGGAUGGGUGGAGCGAAGAAUUCAGCGAUUCCUAUUGUCAAGCUUUGGGAUUCGCCGGAUCUGACGAAACACUUGAAUCGUUCGCGUGGGAUAGAAGCCAGAAAAUCCUAAGACUGAAGACAAACCCUAAUUAUCGCCUGCCGCUAGUCACGAACUUAGAGGAAGUGGGAUUCUGCGUCUCAGACAAGGUUAUGCAAGUAUCGUGUCAGGAAUUCACUUGUGGUCUGCACUAUACGGAAGAAUCGACUGCAAGAUUAACAGAUCCUCCUGAGCGAUGGUCUAGUACGGCCUUGUUGAAAAAAUCAGAAGAUGGGACCGUUUGUACAGCCAGUAUAAUCGGCCCUGUGCAUGCUCUAACUAGUUAUUCCUGCAUCUAUAGUAGGCACAAGGAAAAGAGUGGAUGGCAGCUUUUCACCAAUGGAAUUAUGUUAAAAGGAAACACCGUUAAAAAUAUCAUCCCCUAUCCUCGAGUGAAAUAUAAUCAGUUCCUGUACAAUAACGACAUCGCUCUAAUCGAAUUAGGAGAGCCAUUGGUAUUUUCCAGAAACAUUAGCGCCAUAUGUCUUCCCAGACAGCCUAUCCAGCCGGAGCAAAUUUGCGUAACGGUAGGAUGGGCAUUCCCUAGAAAUGGGGAAAUUAAUUUACAACAAUAUCUCAAAUUCAUGCCUCGUCCAUUGAAUAAUUCCGAUAAGUGUAACGCCACGAGCCAUUAUGCAGGAUUCAUCACAAAACACGAUAUAUGCAUGGAUAAAAACCCUUGUUACAAUGACGAAGGAACGCCACUGAUGUGUGCCAGUGAAUCGCAGGGUGCUCCGGGAAGAUGGGAAAUCCAGGGAUUACUAAGUCAUCGUAGAGAAUGCUUGGGGAGUCAUCCAGCAAUUUACUCAAGCUUGGAACCAGCGCUCCCGUGGUUGCGCGAAACAGUGCCAGCUUUGCAGACGCAGAGCUAAAUCAUUGUCAUAACAAUUUAUCGAAGAUAAAGAAGCCGAUACUUCACGUUAGACAAGAGAAUCAGAUAGUUUUAAUAAGAAAAAGAUCAUAAUUUUUUAUAUAUAAAACUACGAUAGAAGAAAAAUUCGAAUAGAUCUCCCUAAUUUUCUUUGUGCUUAAAAAAGUCCAUAUUCAUUUACAUUCGCGUCUUCUCUUUUUCCAAUUUUAAUGUUCCUAUUGAUAGCACGAAAGAUAUUUUAAUAAUUCUCGAAUAUCGCAACAGCAGUGAGUUAUCAUAAGAAAAACUUAAGCCUUUAUUGUUACACGACAGAUCGCAGGGAGAGUGAAAAAUUCUAGAGAAUUAUGACACUUGUAAUGAAAAUCAAAGACAAAAUUAUACCGACUUAUAAUUAAGGAAUCUUUGUGUAAAUAUUGUAUAAAGUAAUUGUUUAUUAUGGAUAAUGUGGUAUAAGAAUUUUUAUUAGUUUAACGGUCUCUUAAAGACAUUUCUACAUUCUUGUAUUCAAAAUUACUACUUAUUACUAUUUACACAAAAUUAUUGCCCCACUUGAAUUAAAAAAUAAUUUUUGUGAUACAUUUUGAAUAUUUCCAAUACACUUUAUAUACACAAUUGAUAAGAUAUACCUAUCUAAUUAUUUAAUACAAGAGACCGAUACAUAUGCAUGUCCGAUUACAUACGAAUCAAUAGUUUGUCUCAGAGAUCCUAAAUAAGGAUUUCUGAAAUGAACAAUGGAUACAAUUAAGCAAUAGAUAGGAUAAAUGUAUAUAAUAUAUAACUAUUUUUUAAUAAAAUGCAUUGUUAUAGAGAUUAAACAACAAAGUAUGUUUACACAUAUAC